CAGGUAUUUCCUGUCGAUUCAGAUUUAGCAAAAAGUAAAGCGUUUUUACAGCGUUCUUCAAUGACUACACAAAGAAUAGUGUGGUGAAAUGAAUGGAUUUUCGUCCAUAAUGAAGUUGAUCAUUUUCUUCAUCUGCAUACCUUUGAUUCAUUCAGAGUCACACACCUUCAUGACCACAUACACUGGAAUAACAGGCCAAACGACUGCAGGAAUCCCAGAGUUUUCUGCUGUAACUACACUGGAUGAUCAGCAGAUUGAUUAUUAUGACAGUGACACGAAGAAGCUGAUUCCCAGAAAGGACUGGAUGAAAGAUUAUGCAUCUACAGAGCUGUGGAUAGAAGACACUGAGAUCAGAAAACAUGUGCAGCAGGUGUACAAUAACGGCAUUCCUGUGCUAAUGCAGCGAUUCAGUCAGUCACAUGGUGUUCAUACGUAUCAGAGGAUGUAUGGAUGUGAGUGGGACGAUGAGACUGAAGACUCACAAGGGUUUGAUCAGUACGCUUAUGAUGGAGAGGAUUUCAUCUCACUGGACCUGAAGGAGCUCAGAUACAUCACACCUGUACAGCAGGGAAUGACCACAGUACAGAAGUGGAAUAAUGACAGAACACAGCUUGAAUCUCUGGAACGUUUCUACAGUUAUGAGUGUGUUUACUGGCUGAAGAAGUUCUUACGUGUGUCUAAAGCUACUCUUGAGAAAGCAGAUCCUCCUAAAGUGUCUCUGCUGCAGAAGAACCCAGACUCUCCUGUGGAGUGUCAUGUCACAGGUUUUCUCUUCAGAAACACAAUCAUCUCAUGGAGGAAGAAUGGACAAGCUAUGAGUGAUUCCAGUAAAUUAGUGAAGUCUGGAGAAACACUACCAAAUGGGGACGGGACCUUCCAGAGGAGACUUAACCUCUCUGUCCCUCCAGACGAACAUAAGGAGACCCUUUACACGUGUGUGGUGGAGCACAAGAGUUUGACUGAGCCCAUCCAGAGGACUAUGACUGUGAAUGGGACCAAUACUAGCAUACUUGGAUCAAAUGCUUCAUAUAUCAUGUAUCUGGUUGUAAUAGUCAUUGCAGUUAUUCUUGUACUGAUUGUACUGUAUUUACUUUGGAAACUCAGGAAGAAAUUCAAAUCUGGCGUCAGAUAUUACAAAACUCGACACUCUGAAACACAGUCCAUGUCGCCUCUAGAAGAUGAGAUGCUGAAUCCACCCCCCCCCCUUUCUCCCCCUCCCAAGUCAUGAGUGAGCAGCACCUCAUGGUAUCUUCACAGAGAGGCACAGAAUCACUUUCCAGAACCUCUCUUCACAGGUCCUCACCUGUGGAAUGAUCUUCCCAACAACUGAGUUCUUUUAUAAAGUUCAAGAAACAUCUAAAGACUUUAAAAGACUCUUUUCCGUGAGCAUUCAAAUACACAUGUAAAACAAUCUUCUUUAUACUUUUACCUUUUCCUCCAUCUGUAAUCUUGAAAUUUAGCUUUUUAGUUUUUCUUUUAGAAUGAAUCAAUUAAGCUGCUUUUCCACCAUGGGGCAAAACUGUUCUCUUUGCUUAUCCGUUCCAUUCCGUGCCAAUCCGGCCCAGCCGGUAUGGACAUGGUUUCAUUUUCCACUGCAUGUUUGAUAACGGAGCUCUUUGGAAUGUAUAAUAAAUGCGUCAGUCAUUAGACACAAGAGGAAGAUGAUGGGAUAUUUCUUGUGUUUACUUCGCUCAAAUAGUGCGCAAAUAGUGCUACAGAGAAACUGGCAGCCAGGCAAAGUGACCAAUCCUGAGCAGUGAUGUCACUACACAACACACGUCCAGGGGUGUGUUUCCCAAAAGCAUCGUUAGCCAACUAACAUCGCAAGUUCCGUCGUUAUUAACAUAGUUCAACGAUUUGGUGUUUCCCGAACAUAGUUCAAACGAACAUUCGCAAACUGCAUCGCAAACUUGUGUGGUUGAAAUGACUUCUCUCGAGCUGUUUAGAAGCAUAGUUUUUAUGACAUGUGGAUUUAAUAAAUCAUUAUCUUGAGCAAAAUAAGCAAGCUGACAUUAAGUACAAUGUAUAUCUUUUAUUUCAAAUAUAUACAAAUGUCAUUUAGCUACAUAUUUUAGUUUGUCAAGAGAUUUGAAGCACCGUUUUUGGAGAGUGCGCAUGUGCGUACGUGCUCUAGAACAAGCAUUUGAUGUAAUCUGGAAAUAACUGAGGAAAAUGAGAAUUAGUCCUCAAAUGCCAUGUCAGUAAUUUAUAACAAAAAAUCUAGCAUUAAUUCGAUCUCAAACGGAUUCACUUAAAGAAGUUAUUACUCAGCACCUCCCUGACGUCAUUCACCAAGGUGGCUGAUCGACCAUUUCUUUCCGUUCAUACCACCGUUCAGUCUGACGGUGGAAAAGCAGCUUUUGUUUUAUUCCUCAUUUGUUGCUUUGAAUUUUGCUAAAUGAGAUAACAUUUUCAUUAUGAGACAAAUAAUUUGUCUUAAUGAUAUUACUUGAUAUUUGUUUUGCAAUUUUUUUUUUUUAAUAAGAACUAAAAUUCUCUAACAAGAAAACAAAGUUCUGCAAAUAUUUUCUAAAACCAAAGAUUUUUUAGGACAUUCAAAUAAAUUAAAAUAUUAACUACAAAAAAAACUAAAUUUUUUAAUUUGUAGAAAGUUAUUAAUAGAUGACCAAGUACCAUUUGUACCAUUUCUAUGGAAAUGUUAGAGUGCAUUUUCCCAAUUAGAUGUUUAUAUAUUUAUGCACAUAUCUUAUGUGUGUAUGUGUAAGUACUAUAUACGUGCCUUAUUUCUUGUGGAAAUACAUGUAUAUAUUUGUAUAUAUGUAUAUACACUGGAGUCAAUGAUCAGUUUCAGUCCAUCUGUCUGAUGGUUUCUCACUGGAAAGUGCUUGUUGAGCUUGUGGUUAACAGAACCGCAUCAAAAAUUGAUGAUAACCUGUGAUCAAUCAACAGUGCUCCCAUCAACAUGUAUUCACAUUUGAGAUGUUUUUUUUUCAUCCUGUUUAUUAAUUUUGUCUUUUUUGCCUUAUUAUAUGCCUUUAUUUUGUGCUACA